AUGGCGGAUGCACUUUGUGGGCCGUCGAAUGCCCUGCAGAACUUCCAGAAGCAUAGUACGGUUGAUCGGACACUGCAGCAGGAUCGUUUGGUUGCGAGGCAUGGCUCACCGGCACAGGGCUUCCGAUCGACACAGCAGCCGAGUGCUCUGUUGGAUUCCGAAUUCGAUGCCUUCCAGGCUGGCAGGCCGGGUGUUCUGCCGCAGGACUUGCAUCACUUUGCGCCGCAGUUUGCGAAACCUCCACCCCCUCAAUUCGCACAUGCAUCGCAAGCACCGGACUGGGCGGCGGACUUUCAGCGCCUGAGCGUUGCGUCUCCUCCUCCACAGGUUCUGCAGCACCAGCAGCGGUCACAAGCAGCGAAUGCGGCAUCAGCAUGGCAUCAAGACUUCAUGAGGCAGCAAACGCCUGUUGUGCAAGCCCCAGCAAUACAACAAGCCCCGUACACCAACAUGAGCGGAUACAAUAUGGGUGGCUUCAUGAACCAGCAGUCGUAUAUGCAAACCCCCAGCUUCCAGCCCUCGCAAAUUGCCCAGGGCAAACAGCCCAUACAAGACGGCACUCCGACCUUUGACGAAGCCGCCUUCGAACAAGCCUUUGCCCAAGCUCAGCAAGACAUGAUGGAUGUCGCGGCCCUCGAGCAGAAAAUGGAGGAGUCACGGCAAGCAAACCCAGAAGUGCUGGGUAUAACAGAUCGGCCGGAUAUCUACUCUGCGAUCCAAGUCUGGAGCGAAACUGGCCUCGGUCGUACAGAAGAAGCGGUGGCGUUUCUAGACAAGAUGGCGAGUCUGGAGCAGAGCGGGGAGUUGGUACAAGAUCCAAAUGAGGCAACGUGGAUCGUGGAUUCCCUGCAGAGGAUUGUGCAGCGCGAUGCACCGGCUGAGGUGCAAACGAGGGCUGAGACGCUGAUACAGGCAAUUCAGCAACGGCUUAUGAGUCAGUAUCCGUUGUUCUCGGCAGCGCCGUUGAACAGCUCGUGGGCAAAGAACUCGUCUGACGAAGAGCUGCGGGGAACUACAUUCGAGCAGCCAAUACCGCAACAAGAGGAAGAGCAAAAGGAAGAGGAAAAACAAGAACCACAACGCAACGAUGAAGACGAAAUGGCAGAGACGGCAGGACGCUUGUUAGAACGCGUGGCGGAUAAUACGAGCGAGAAGUUUGCAAAUAGCCAGUUUCUCAGCCUGAUGCGCAAGUUACGGGAUCGAGAGGUCAAAGUGCAGGAGGAUAAGAUUGUCGAGGUUCAUGCUGGUGAGGCUACGGCUGGUACUUCUACGACCCCGGCGUCGGCGAUGAAUCACUCGACUCCCCAACCACAACAGCAGCAACAACAACAACAACAACAACAACAGCCACAAUACACAUCCACCAUCCCCCCCAUCGACCGCGAAAUCCUCAACCACGCAGCCACAGACUUUGAAACCCCGAUUUACUCUCCUGACGAUACGUUUCAGUGA